UACAUUUAGAGAAGCAACACAGAGAAGCAGCAGAAGAUAGUAACAUCUAAACAGGACAACCCAGCUACAGUAUACCUCUGAGAUUAGGCAUGAAUGGACAAAAGGGUGCAUAGUGGAUGAACACAACAGUGAUGGAGUUGUCUCAGAGGGAGCGGCUCUCAGAGCUGGUUGAGGAGCUGACCACAUCGGGGCAGCCACAGCUCAACCAGGACAAGAUGAAGAAAAUCAAAAAGAUCUGCAAAGUAUCUAAUGACUGCGUCGACAACCUGUACCACUUAGUGAUGGCUCAGCUCAACCAAGACCACUGCGAGGUGCGAUUGUCAGCCUUCCAGAUCGCCUCUGAGCUGUUCUCCAGAUCACACCACUUCAGGACGCUGCUGGUAGACAACUUCCAGGAGUUCUUGGACUUGACAGUGGAGACGGACUUAGACCAGCCCCUCCCUCCUCCUAAAGAAGUAGCCAGGAAACUGAGGUCACUGGCCAUCCAAACCGUCCAGUCAUGGCAAGCCUCACAUGGCACAGCUUAUAAGAAGUUGGCCCUGGGCUACCACUUUCUCAAACAGGUUAAGAAGAUUGACUUCCAGGAUGCAGAGGCCAGGACUGUAGCAGAGAGGGGGAGGGAGGAGGAGAGACAAAGGAGAAUGGAGAGGAUCUACAAGGAGAGAGUGGAGGCAGCAUGCAAAGACUUGGAGGAGUCGUACCAGGGAAUUGAGGCAACACUUACAGAGAUGGAGUCCUGUUUGAGGCUACUUUUCCCUGAGUUUGGUCUCACAGACAUCCACUCAGCCAGCAACAGCCCUUCAAGCUCCCAAAGAGCCAACAAAUGCCCAUCAGAUGACGGACAGCCCUGCUGCAGUAAAGAUGUGAGGGAUAACAUGAAAGAAGAGCUGGAGGAGAGCAGGGAAGUGAAAAAUAGGAAUGGAAUGAAGGAAAUAAUGUGUCAAAAAGAGGAGAAGGAGCCUGGGAAUGAGCAGAAGGAGGAGAAGAAAGAUGAGAUUGAGAAAGUGCUUGGGGAGGGAGAGGAGGAAGAAGACACAGAAGAGGAGGAGGAGGGGGGAACUAGUGAAGAAGAGGAAGAGAGACCUUUUCGGGAGGACUUGUUUAUUCGGAACUCUGGACUUAUUUCUCACUCUUACAGUCUGGACCUGAACCUCAGUCCAGGUUUUCAUAUAAAGGAGUCAGAGGAUAAUGAGGCAGUGGUUUCCACAGUGAUAGACCUCCACAGACUGAUAACAACCAAACACCUCCCAGCUGUGCAGAGCUGGGUGCAGGUGUUCACUAAGGCUGGUGCGGGGGAACAGCUUUUAAGGAGAGCACUGGAUCUGAAGACAUCUUUAGAAGCAGCACUGCAAAAACACAAAGAGCUCCACAUCGACUAUAAGACCAGGGUCCGCAAAGUGAUGAAGGCCUCUUCAGACGGACAGGAUGAUGAUGAUGAUGACGAUGAUGACUUUGAUGAGGUUCCAGAGAAAGAGGGAUAUGAGCCACACAUUCCAGAGCAUCUAAGAAGCGAGUAUGGUUUGGAUCCCACUCCUUCCACCUCAGCAGCACCUGUCACAGCAAAACUUCCUGCUAAGAGACCUUCAGCUCCAGCCCCUCAUUCUUCCUCACACUCGUCUACAUUCAGGCGUAUGAAGCGUCUCACAGAAGAGGAGCAGGAUCCAACUUGUGCAGCUGCCACGGUGCGCCUCCUGAGACAGAGCCUUCCUCAUUCUGUGGAGCCCAGCAGCAGCAGCUCAUCAGGUCCCAGUUCAUCUCAGUCCAGUUCAGACCAGAAGGCUGUGGAUGCUCCUGUGGUUCCAUUUGGUUUGGACCUGUACUACUGGGGACAGGAGCAGCCCAAUGCUGGCAAGAUCAUCAAAGCGGCUUCUCAGCAUCAGUUCUGGGUGCCCAUUGAGGUAGAGGAAGAGGUGGAGAAUGAGCAGUUGCUGGCAGAGAGCAAGAGCAGAUACAUCUCCUUCCCUGGAAGCUUCACUCCUGUCAGCCAUUACUGUAGAGCUCCACUGGGUAAUGGAAAGCUGUGUCAGAGGCAGGACCGGCUCAAGUGUCCUUUCCAUGGCCGGAUCAUUCCUCGAGACCAGGAGGGUCGACCCUGUAGGCGAGAGGACCAAGUGAGGGAGGAGCAGGAGGAGAGGAGGAAGAGGACAGAGCAGCCUGACUGGCGUGAUGCAGAGCUGAUGCGAGACAUUGAGGCAGCAACAGGCGAAAAUCUGGGUUCGGACAGAGUGGGUAAAAAAGGGAAAGGGAAGGGGAAGAAGAAGAAGUUUCCCAACCUCAGUGAUCUGAAGCAGAGCGCCAACACAACCCGUUCAAGACUGGAGAAAAAAGUCUUUAACAAGAGCAGCAUGCGGAGAGUGGCUCAGGUGAUGAGUAAAGCUGACGGAAGAAAACAUGACAAGUUCUCCAACCAGUUCAACUAUGCUCUCAACUGACCUCCAGCCAGUGUCUUAGGCCUCUGAGAAAAAUGAGUGCUUCUCAUUGAUUCUGUUUGUACUGAUCCAAAGGAAGAUCUUAAUUGUUGAAGUGAAAAGGCUGUAUAUGAAUCUGGUUACCAGAUAAAUAAUUUAAUUAGUGUUUAAUAUUUUAAACACUAUUUGAACACAACAGUGCAGUUGGAAUGAUUUGACUUUUUAAGGAAAGGUAAUGUGAUCAUAAAUCAAAUGUAUUGUUUCAUUUUGAUGAUGUGCCGUUCCUGACAUAUUCUUUUAAUAGUUUUAUAGUUUUAAUAUUGUCUUUGUAUCUGCCAAAUCCAAUUUUCAUUUUGUACAACUGAAAUUUCCACACUUUGUGUCUGCUGUUUUUACUCGUUAAAUUUAUGGUUGAUUUUAUAUUUGAUUUGUGUUUUGGGGGAAUAAGCCAUGAAAUACACUCCCUUCCCUCAG